AUGCGUUUGGAAUUCGACCGAUUCACCUCUGUCUGUUUGCUCCUUUCAAACUCCACCUCUGUACCUCAUUCUCUUCCUUUCUUCCUUCCUUUCUUCCUUUCCUUUUUUUACUUCGCUCUUUUUCUUCCUUUCAAAAUCUUUAUCUCUGGCUCAUUCUCUUCUUUCCUUCUUUUCUUUUCUUUCUUUUCCUUCCUUCCUUCCUUCCUUCCUUCCUUCCUUCCUUUCUCUUUUCCUUCCCAUUCUUCCUUAGUUUCUUCCUUCCCUCCCUAUCUUUUUCCUUCUUUCUUCCUUCCCCACUUUCCUUAUAGUCUCUGUCCCUUUUCUCCUUUCAAACUCUUCCUCUCUACCUUAUUCUCUUGUUUCCUUCCUGCCUUCCUCCCCCUUCCUUCCUUCCUUCCUCUCCUUUCCUUCCUUCCUUCAUCUCCUUCUUUCCUUCCUUCCUCUCCUUUCCUUCCUUCCUUCCUUCGUUUCCUUUCCUUCCUUCCUUCCUUCCUUCCACUGCUUUCCUUCCUUCCUUCUUUCCUCUCCUUCUUUCCUUCCUUCCUCUCCUUUUCCUUCCUUCCUUCCUUCCUUCCUUCCUCCUUCCUUCCUUCCUUCCUUCCUCUUCCUUCCUUCCUUCCUUCCUCUCCUUUCCUUCCUUCCUUCCUUCCUUCCUUCCUUCCUUCCUUCCUUCCUUCCUUCCUCUGCUUCUUUGCUUCCUUCCUCGUCUUUCCUUCCUUCCUCUCCUUUCCUUCUUUCCUUCCUUCCUUCCUCUCCUUCCUUCCUUCUUUCCUUCCUUCCCCCCCUCCUUUCCUUCCUUCCUUCCUUCCUUCCUCUCCUUUCCUUCCUUCCUUCCUUCCUUCCUUCCUUCCUCUGCUUUCCUUCCUUCCUUCUUUCCUCUCCUUCUUUUCCUUCCUUCCUCUCCUUUCCUUCUUUCCUUCCUUCCUCUCCUUCCUUCCUUCCUUCCUCUCACCUUUCCUUCCUUCCUUCCUUCCUUCCUUCCUUCCUUCCUUCCUCUGCUUUACUUCCUUCCUUCCUCUUCUUUCCUUCCUUCCUCUCCUUUUCUUCUUUCCUUCCUUCCUUCCUUCCUCUCCUUCCUUCCUUCUUUCCUUCCUUCCCCUCCUUUCCUUCCUUCCUUCCUUCCUUCCUUCCUCACCUUUUCCUUCCUUCCUUCCUUCCUUCCUUCCUUCCUUCCUUCCUUCCCUCUGCUUUACUUCCUUCCUUCCUCUUCUUUCCUUCCUUCCUCUCCUUUCCUUCUUUCCUUCCUUCCUUCCUCUCCUUCCUUCCUUCCUUCUUUCCUUCCUUCCCCUCCUUUCCUUCCUUCCUUUCCACCCUCACGUCAUCCUAUUGAAACGAGAUAAAACAAAUCAUAUUUUUCUUUUUCUUUCUCUCUUACCUUAUCUCUCUUUCAUUCUCUUUCGUUACAACUUUCUCUCUUACCUUAUCCCUCUUUCUUUCUUUCUCUUUCGUCCCUACUUUCUCUCUUACCUUAUAUUUCUUUCUUUCUUUCUUUCUUUUUCGUUCCUACUUUCUCUCUUACCUUAUCCCUCUUUCUUUCUUUCUCUUUCUUUCCUAAUUUCUCUCUUACCUUAUCUCUCUUUCUUUCUUUCUUUCUUUCUUUCUUUCUUUCUCGUUCCUAUUUUCUCUCUUACCUUAUCCCUCUUUCUUUUUUUCUUUCUUUCUUUCUUUCUUUCUUUCUUUCUUUCUUUCUCUUUCGUCCUUACUUUCUCUCUUACCUUAUCUCUCUUUCUUUCUUUCUUUCUUUCUACUUUCUCCCUUACUUUAUCUCUCUUUCUUACUUUCUCCCUUACUUUAUCUCCCUUUCUUACUUUCUCUUUCGUUCCUACUUUUCUUGAUGUUUAUCCCCGUUCUUCUUCUUCUUCUUCUUUUCUUCUUCUUCUUCUUCUUCUUCUUCUUCUUCUUCUUCUUUAUUAUUAUUAUUUGCAAAAUAUACAGGGUGCCACAAAAUACGUCCAGCGUAUACCUCCAAGAAAUACCUCCCACAUAAUGGUACAUGCUAGUUAG